GCAUGCGCAUCGUUGCAGGGAUGUCAGCGUAUUCUGAGAAGAGAUCAUCCCUCGGUGCUGCGUGGUAGAGAGCUGAACAUAGCUGUAUAAGAGAGUGGAGAGAGGAGAAGCGUUCUGUGUAGAGGGAACACCGGGGAAUCGUAAUCAAUGAGGGUGCAAGCAAAAUUAAAAUAGAAGGCGUAUUCCAAACGUUGAAACACCUUUCACGGAAGGGUGAUAAGGGCCAAGGACCGAGAGAAACGUUUUCCCUCAUUUCAUUAUAAUCUGUAAAGGAGCGACAUAUUCCCUUGCAAUCAUGGGGAACCGGGGGAUGGAAGACCUUAUUCCUCUGGUGAAUAAAAUGCAAGAUGCCUUUUCGGCCAUCGGUCAAAAUUCUCAGUUGGACCUGCCUCAAAUUGCUGUGGUUGGCGGGCAGAGUGCAGGGAAAAGCUCGGUGUUGGAGAACUUCGUUGGGAAGGAUUUCCUUCCUCGUGGUUCUGGCAUCGUCACCCGUCGUCCCUUGGUCCUGCAGCUGAUCAACUGUCCCACAGAAUAUGCUGAGUUCCUUCACUGUAAGGGGAAGAAGUUCACAGACUUCGAUGAGGUUCGGGGGGAGAUCGAGGCGGAGACGGACCGCAUCACUGGGCAGAAUAAGGGCAUCUCCCCUGUGCCAAUCAACCUCAGGGUUUACUCCCCACAUGUCCUGAACCUGACUCUGGUGGACUUGCCGGGGAUGACCAAGGUCCCAGUAGGGGACCAGCCUGCGGACAUUGAGCAGCAGAUCAGAGACAUGUUGUAUCAGUUUGUGACGAAGGACAACUGUCUGUUGCUGGCUGUUUCCCCGGCCAACUCUGAUCUGGCCAACUCAGAUGCCCUGAAGAUUGCUAAAGAAGUCGACCCACAAGGUCAGAGGACCAUUGGUGUGAUCACCAAGCUGGAUCUGAUGGACGAGGGGACUGAUGCCCGAGAAAUUCUGGAGAACAAGCUGCUGCCACUGCGAAGAGGUUACAUCGGUGUGGUGAACAGGAGUCAGAAGGACAUAGAUGGGAAGAAGGACAUCACAGCGGCCAUGGCUGCAGAGAGGAAGUUCUUCCUGACCCACCCUGGAUACAGACACCUGGCUGAACGCAUGGGCACCCCCUACCUACAGAAAACACUCAACCAGCAACUGACCAAUCACAUUCGGGACACUCUGCCGGGGCUGCGGGCCAAGCUGCAGAGCCAGCUGCUGUCUAUAGAGAAGGAAGUGGAGGAGUACAAGAACUUCAGACCUGACGACCCCUCCCGCAAGACCAAGGCCCUGUUGCAGAUGGUGCAGCAGUUCUCAGUGGACUUUGAGAAGCGUAUCGAGGGCUCUGGGGACCAGAUCGACACAGCAGAGUUGUCAGGAGGAGCCCGGAUCAACCGCAUCUUCCACGAGCGCUUCCCCUUUGAGCUGGUCAAGAUGGAGUUUAACGAGAAGGAGCUUCGCAAGGAGAUCAGCUACGCAAUCAAGAACAUCCACGGCAUCAGGACGGGCCUGUUCACUCCUGACCUGGCCUUUGAGGCCAUAGUGAAAAAGCAGAUCCAAAAGCUGAAGCAACCCUCACUGAAGUGUAUAGAUAUGGUAGUGAGCGAACUCACCUCAACCAUACAAAAGUGUAGUGACAAGCUGGCUCAGUACCCCAUGCUGAGGGAGGAGAUGGAGAAGAUUGUCACCCAGCAUAUCCGAGACCGCGAGAGCCGCACCAAGGACCAGGUGAUGCUGCUGAUUGACAUUGAGCUGGCCUACAUGAACACCAACCAUGAGGACUUCAUUGGCUUUGCAAAUGCCCAGCAGAGGAGCAGCCAGGUGGCCCAGAAGAAGCAAACUGGCAGUAAGCAGGAUGAGAUUAUGCCGGAGAGAGGAGCAGUUAAUGAUCGGUUUAAGGUGAUCAGGAAGGGCUGGCUGACCAUCAACAACAUUGGCAUCAUGAAGGGAGGAGCAAAGGAGUACUGGUUCGUCCUGACGGCUGAGUCCCUGUCCUGGUACAAGGACGAUGAGGAGAAAGAGAAGAAGUACAUGCUCCAGGUGGACAAUCUGAGGCUGAGGGAUGUGGAGAAGAGCUUCAUGUCCAGCAAGCAGAUCUUUGCUCUGUUCAACACGGAGCAAAGAAAUGUAUAUAAGGACUACCGUCAGCUGGAGUUGGCCUGCGAGAGUCAGGAGGAGAUAGAUGGGUGGAAGGCCUCCUUCCUUAGAGCUGGAGUGUAUCCUGAACGGGUCACGGAGAAGGAGGGCAAGCAGAGUGACAGUGGAGACGGAGAGAAUGGCUCAGAUAACCUCAUGCACUCCAUGGACCCCCAGCUGGAGAGGCAGGUGGAGACCAUCCGCAACCUGGUGGACUCCUACAUGGCCAUCGUCAACAAGACCAUCAGGGACCUCAUGCCCAAGACCAUCAUGUAUCUCAUGAUCAACAAUACCAAGGAGUUCAUCAACGCGGAGCUGCUGGCCAACCUGUACCACUCUGGGGACCAAAACAGCCUGAUGGAGGAGUCCCAGGAGCAGGCCCAUCACCGCGAUGAGAUGCUCCGCAUGUACCAUGCCCUGAAAGAGGCCCUGAACAUCAUCGGAGACAUCAGCACCACCACCAUCACUACUGCCAUGCCGCCACCCGUAGACGACUCCUGGCUGAGGCCGGGUGGAAACAACUCUGGGGGCAGGUCUCCAGCUGCCAGUCCCACUCCAAACAGAAGGGCUCCCCCUGGUCCUCCUGGUCGCCCUGUCUCCCGUGGCUCAGCCCCUGGUCUCCCUCCUGGUCCCCCUGUCCCCUCUCGCCCGGGGGCCUCCCCGGAUCCUUUUGGUGGGCCACCACCAUCAGUCCCCUCCAGGCCUAACCGUGCACCCCCCGGUGUGCCCAGAGAAAGAGAAAGGGGAGAGUGGGGGGAUAGAGAGAGAGACAGAGAAUGCGAGCGAGAGCCGAAGACCCCCUCCCUCACCAACCCACUAAACUACUGAAGCCCCCCUCCCCUCCAACCCACCGCCUACCCCAUGGCAGAGAAACCAAGGACUGCAGAGCAACCUACCUACCUAGACCUGACCUAGACCCUUCUUCCUUCUCUACUAAAUGACACGGUCACGUCACACACACGUAUAAACCCACACCAUACACACACAAACACACUGUAUACCUCCAAUACACAGAAAGGCAUUCACCCUCCACUGCAUAUAAAGGUCAAUUGUUGAUUAGCAUUACAAUACAUUUACACCUGUAAGUAGUCACACACAUAAAGGGGCAGGGAUAUGCAGCAAAUAUGGAUGAGAUAGUUAAGAAUGCUGUGCUGAAAUAUGUGUCGUUUCUCACCCUCCCCUUCAUAUGAGUAUUUCUCUUCCUCUCAUAUCUGAAUGAUUUCUUCUCUGAUCAUAUUGGAUUUGAUAAUGAUAUUUUUGUGCUGUGUUGAUUCUUUAUUCUAUGUGUUGAUUCUCUCUCGGGAGUAGAUGCAUUAUCCAUCUAUCUAGCAAAGGGGAGCGGAUCAGAAGGGAUAACUGCAUCUGAACAACAGAGUUAUUUUUCUUGUCUUCUGCUAUGAUCGUCAUGAUCCAUACUGGUCCCUAACGUCACAGGCUAGGACACACCUGCCAUCGAUGGGAAAGUAGGAAAAACAUCUAGAGAAAAUUACCAAUACUGACUGUAAUGUGUCAAGAGUGUAAUGUGGUAUCAAUCUCACUGCACUUAGAUUGUCUAUUCUAUUUAUUCUGAUACAUUGAUUAAUGUGACCUUUUAUAUCUAAUAUCACAACAGUGACUCCUAGCCUCUGAGUUUGGGGAAAUGUUCUCUCAUUAGGUUUCAUUCACUUGUUCAUCCUUUGCUUAAUCUGGCUUCAUCAUGUCCUCUUUUUCUAUUUUCUUCCGCCUCUUUUCAAUGAACAGCCGGCCAUGCAAGGGUCGGCCCCUGCCUCCUGACAACUAGAAGUCCCCCUUUUUUGCCCCUCAGGGCCCCUGACCCCCCCACACCACUCAGCCCCUACACGGUGGAUGGUGAAUCCCCACUGUCCUACACACAAACACACAAAUCAGAAACCUCAGCAACUCUCCAAAACAGCCUCCCUCUAAGCAAGGGAGGAGACGGGGAGUGAAAGAGAGAGAAGAAAUCGCCAACCCCUCUAUCUCCCUGUGUCUGUGUGCUACGCCCUUCUGUGGCCACUAGGCCUUGUGUCACUGUGAAGGCCCACUCUUAUGUGUUGUGCUAACCAUGAUGAUGUAUUGUAUUACUGUAUCUGCAUGCAAUGACACAAGUUCAGGUGCUCAGACUAACUGUGAUCUGGUGUAAACUCGUCCACAACCAGCUCCCCUAGGCACAUGCAGCUUUCUGUGCUUCAACCUCUGUACCGAUGCCACGGCUGCUGGGUAACUCAAAGGUCUCCCGCUAAAAACUGUGGCCCAACAUUGAGCUAGAGUCGUCCGUCUCUCUCCUCCUCUCCCACUUGUCAAUUAACCACUUCCCCACUAGUGAAAAUCAGUACCAUAGCGAGGCGGGAUCUAAAUUGAAAGUGCAAUAUGUUCAUAUUGGACAGCUUAAUGAGAGCUGUCCACCAAUCACACCAGACUCAGAGUAGAUGCUCAGCCUGAGAGGAGGCGAGGAGACAGGCAAGGCCCAAAGGGUGUGUCUCAAUACUGUUGAAUUGCAUCAUUUCUCCUUUCCUCAGAAGGAAAGUGGAAAAAUGUAAGUUGUGUUCAAGAAUGAUAUUUUAAAGUGUUGACCCUGCCCAGGAUUAGGUUUGACUCUCAAAGCAUUUCCAAGACCACUGGCAGGAGAACCUCUGAGAAAUAUGUUGAAUAUCAUUGGAACUGUGUAAUGAGUUGGGGGAUGGGGUGGCACUUUCAAUUUUGGCAUGAUUUAUCAGCUUUUUUCUUUCCUUUUUUCUUUCUUUCCUUUCUCAGUGGUCACGGGGGUGAGUGAGGACAUCAGGUUUAAACCACUAACAACCCAAUCAGUGAUGGUCUAUGCAUAGAACCCUAAACAAACACACGCCUGUACAGUACACCUCUCCCCUCCCAUGUUACUCAUGCGUUCCCAUUGCUGUGUGAGAGAUGUGAGUGGACUCUGUGGUCUGUUGUAUUAUGACCCUGUUGGUGAUAAAAGUACAUGUUGAGCAUGACAACGGUAAAACUACACUCAUUAGCAUACCCACAAACCCAUCAUAGUAUCUAUAUUGUACUCAGUUCAUACAAACCCUCCCCUCCACAAGACCCUGGAAUCUCAGCAAAAGCAAAUACAUCACUAAAAUGGUUGAAUUAUUAUUUAAGAGUAAAUAGGACAUAUCUUACAUGUGUAUAUUGUGUGGUGCAUCUUCUGGAAAUUGUGCUUCCACUUGUCUACAGGUUGACAAUGUAUGAAUACUGAAUAUUAAAUUAGUAUGAAUAAGUGACUGAGUAUGUGUACAAUGAAACAAACUAAAACAACAAACUUGAUAAGUGAAAGUUACAUGAUAUCCCUGAAGGUUGUUUGAUGAGUAGCAUGUAGAGGAGAAUAAUUUGUCCCUUGUUUCUCGGUCUCUGUCUGGGGAGAGGAAACGAGAGUGCAGACUGGGCAGAGUGAAUGUGUGUAUUCUAUCCCGCUGUGACAACGUUGUCCUGUAUCUUACUGCUGUGGGUGGCAUGAGUCUGUCCAACAGGCUGCGCUUCGUCAACCCAUUAAAAGUCAGUGUACCAA